AUGGCAUUGGCAUCGCUGUACCAGUGUGUCGUCGCAGUUCUGGUGCUGUUCUGGAUUGCGUCGUUGUCCCUGGCUCAUUCAUCCUCAGCACCUGAGAACGAGGUGACUCUCCGGCCCACCGCGUGGUUGUCAGAGGGGAAAAUCACUACUGUGACAAUUCCUAAAGGACGUACUCGCAGGAUGUACUUCACACUGAGGAAGGCAACUGCCCUGUCACUUACCGUCAGCCCAUGUGACUCCUCCAUUGAGUGGAGCCUGGCUGCCCGCACCCUGAAGGACAAACCUCUCAAGAGUCAGCAGUGGACCUCCAAAAAGAGCAUGCCUGAAAUGUGGUGGCGGGGUCCUGGGACUGAGGAGAAAAUACACACUUUUUCCGGCAGUGCACUGGACACCUACAGCGGUCCAGCGUCCCCCCAUGCGUCUGUCUACAUCCUGAAGCUUCACUCCAAGCAGCAGAAUACCAGAGUCACAUUAUACCUCCACCAAGGCUUGGGUCCCUCGGAUGCCUUCCCAGUUAUUCCGGCUGACCGCAAAGUACACACUUUGGGAGUGGGGAUGACAAGCGUCAGCCUCAGCUGGGCUCCCAGCUCCUCUUUAACUGGUCCUGCUCAGGACAAAUACGAUUACUGCGUACUGGUCAACUCAGAACGUAACCUGCCCAGUCUUUGUGCAGCCCAAAAGAGUGCCAGGGAGGAGAGUGAUAAAAACCGAGAGAAGAUGGAAAAGAAAAGGAGGGUGAUGGCAUGGCCAAUCCUGAAGGAAUGGUGGUGGGAGCAGUGGGAGGCGGACUUGGAGGAACAGAGUCUGUCUCCUAACGGAGCUCCUCAAUGUGUCUGUGAGGGAACAGAGAGCGUCUGCACCGUUUCUGAGCUUCUACCUGACACGCGAUACUACUUUGACGUCUUUGUGAGGGACCAGCUGAACGGGACCAGUGCGGCCUACGAAGGGACUGCCGCCCAGACUCAUGGGGAGGCCCGUCCAUCCGUCAUCACGUUGAGGGAGGGGGAACUGCGAUGGGUCACCUUCAACAAUGUGGGCCCCAGAUCUGAGCAAUUCUUCAGCUUCCGUCCCCGUGGCUCUCAGCAGAGUGGUCUCCUCACUGUGCAAAGCUGUGGCGGGGGGAGCAAAGUCAAGAUCACCGUCUCCAGUAAAGGGCGUGUGCUGACCACCCAGACAGUGGGGAAGGAGUUGGUGCAGAUUUGGCUCCAGGGAAGCCCAUCUUAUCUAAUUCACUUGGAGAGGGAAGGUAAUGCCUUGGGCAGGAACUCCAUUGCUUCCUUACCUGGAGGUCUACAGGCUUCUGUGAAAAUGCAGACCUCCUCCGCCUACCACCGGAGGGGGGUUCCAUCCCUUCCAUCCACCUUACAAGUCAAAUCCUUCAACCGCUUACGUGGGUGCAACAGUAUCACCCUAGCCUGGAUGGGCACAGAGGAGAGAAGCCUCUAUUGUGUAUACCAACGAAAGCAGGGGAGCAGACGUGAUGAGGACACCCUCAACGCAUCCUGCUUGGGACCGGAAUCCCGUUCGGACACCGAGAGGAUUCUCUGCAAGUAUUUCCAGGAGCUAAACCCGAAGCGAGCCGUCACUACGGCUGUGAUUGGGAGCCUGGAGCCGGGGACCGCUUAUGUGUUUGAUGUCUAUUUAAUGAGACGCUGGGGGAUCCCUGUCAAGUAUGCCAGCAGGGUAGUCAAAACAAGGAAGGAGUGCUGA